AUGGGCACCACGGUGCCAGCGUCGUCAAGCGUCGCUAACGUAUUUACUUCUGGACAGGAACAGCAGCAAAAUUCACAACAUCCUCAAUUUGCGCACACGGGCUCCUCGGUUUUCGAUGGAGCUGGACCAGGCUCGAUUACAGGUGGUCCACCGCAAGUGGAUUCAGCCGACCACUUUGGCUUCCUCCACCACAACACUGACGAGGACAUUUACGUGUUUGACGAGCCACCCGAGGUACGCGUACUUGGUGGUCGUUUUGAAGACUCAUGGCCCACGCGAUACGUCGAGUAUGAUGUUGAGCUGAAAUACAAAACCUUUAAGUGGAAAGUGGAAAUCCCCAAGUCAUCGAUCUCGAGUCUUUGGUUUUACAUCAAAAGUCGACCACAUCUUCGUCAUACUCCGUCAGCACCUGGAGAAGAGCACGUUGCCCAUGGAUUGGGCGAGUCUGGAGUUCCAGAGCACACACACGCUCCUACUGAAUCUCGAUGGCCACAGCUACGUAAACUUUUUCUGACAUCUGCUGACAAGUCAGUGGGCUCGGAGAUGGUUGCUCUCGUUCAGCAAUUGCUGGAAACCGUGGUUAAGGUGCCACGACUGCUUCGAUCACCGUAUGUUGCAGCAAUGUUCCAGGUUAGCAACUCAACAUUCGACGAUGAAAUGGGCCGAACCUCUGUCCGUGAAGGCUGGUUGAAGAUCCGUUUUUGGCUUAAAGGCAACCGUGAAAAUGUCCGCAUUAAUCGUGCUUCGGCCUCGUGGGACAAUGAGUGCUUUAAUUGUAUGUGUGUGGUGAAACGUGUCAAUUUCCGCGCCAAACGCUUACGUUGGGUAUCCCUCAAGUCGUCGAGUGUUGCCAUUUUUGACUCAAUUGAGGACACAAUUGCGCGCAAGGCAUUCCUAUUUGACAGUAAGUUCGACAUUGAACGUGGUCUUGCUACCACAGGCUCCAGUACGACACUUUUAGUAUCGAAUUCGACCUAUGUUCUUCAAAUAGAGGCUAAGUCGAAACAUACUCUUAAGAAAUGGGCUAAUGAUAUUCGCCGGGUAGCGGAGGCCUCGACCUGGUCUCAAUCUCAUCGAGAUGGAUCUUUUGCAAUUCCACGCAAUCCUUUGCACACGAUAUCGCUUGCUCAAUGGUAUGUUGAUGGUAAAGGUGCGUACGAAGCGAUUUACCACGCGAUCCAGUCGGCGAAAAAAGAAAUAUUUAUUGCAGGGUGGUGGGUCUGUCCGACGAUUCAUCUCUUGCGCCCUGCUGAGCAUUAUCCAGAAUCGAGACUUGACCUUACGUUACAAAAAAAAGCGGAAGAAGGAGUACAAGUUUAUGUUCUCAUGUACAAGGAAAUAUCCAUGGCAUUAACACUUAACAGCAUGUUUUCGAAGCAGGUGCUGAGCAAAUUGCACAAGAAUGUACAUGUGCUGCGUGAUCCUGACUUCUUAAUGAAGCAACUUGGAUUGUGGUCUCAUCACGAAAAGAUUGUGAGCGUUGAUCAACGCGUUAGUUUUGUCGGUGGGCUCGAUCUUUGCUUUGGACGAUGGGAUACCCACAGACACGAGCUUUUUGAUGAGCCUGAAAAUCCGACUAACUUUAAGGGCAAAGACUUUUCAAAUCCGCGGGUCAAGGACUUCGUUGAGGUAGAUCGCCCCGACGAGGACAUGAUUGACCGUGACGAAGUGCCUCGGAUGCCGUGGCACGAUUGUCACUGUCGUCUUGAAGGGCAACCAGCUCGUGAUGUUGCACGUCAUUUUGUGCAACGCUGGAAUUACUCUGUGUCGACUCGUAGGAAAUCACGAAAACUGCAUCAUCUCGUGCCCAUGAGAGAUUUCCCGAGCACGUCAAUUAAAAAGAAACGUGACCCACGGAACCUCAGAAAACGAUUUCAAAAGGCAGUGCACGCUGUGCGAGCGAUGCGUGGCUUGUCAAGAGGUCGUGCAAAUACAGACAAUCGAGGAUUUAACAGUGAUCGGCGCAUGGCGCGCAUGUUGAGCAGUCAACAAGAGUCGGGCACUGUCCCAAUCCUUCAAGACGAUAACGAUCAGGUGUUGCUUGAUCUAUCGGAUGGAGAUGAGGGUCAACAUGAUGAUUCUCAACAACACAAGGAGGAAGUAGAUGCUCGAGGAUACCGAGUAACAACGCAAAUAUUGCGCAGUUUGUCUUUGUGGUCAGGUGGUGUGACUACGGAACGCAGUAUUCAAAACGCUUACAUUCGUCUCAUCGGAUCGGCACAGCACUUUGUGUAUAUUGAGAACCAGUUUUUUAUAUCUGGACUGGAAGGCGAUCACGGAGUCUCGAAUCGCAUCGCCAACGCUUUAGUCGAACGGAUCCGUCGCGCUUCGGACAAUAACGAAAAGUUUCGCGUCAUUGUCUUGAUGCCGCUACUGCCAGCGUUCCCAGGAAAGCCGGAUGACAAAGAUGCCAGUAGUUUGCGCGGUGUGAUGCACUGGCAGUACCGCUCAAUUUGCCGCGGCGAGCGUUCGAUUUAUCAGCGUUUGUACGAGGAGUUUGAGGAUGAUGAUCCGUUUAAAUACAUUGCAUUUUACGGGCUACGUAAUCACAGUGUUCGUGAGAAUGCCCAAGCCCAGACCGAAGAGAUAUACAUUCACAGCAAGGUGAUGAUUGUUGAUGAUCGAGCUUGUAUUAUUGGUUCUGCAAAUAUCAACGAUCGCAGUUUGUGUGGAGAUCGUGACUCAGAGAUUGCUGUGCUUGUGGAAGACCAUGAGAUGGACGAGGAAAUAUGCAUAGCUAAUGGCGCGUACAAUGUUGGCAAGUUUGCUCACUCGUUCCGCAUGAAGCUGUUUGAGGAGCACUUUGGUGUGCAGCCUGGAACUCCGAUGUAUAAUAAGUAUCAAGAUCCCGUAAACAAUGAGGCCUGGUUCUCCAUGCAAGAGCAGGCCAUGGCAAACCAUCAGAUUUACGAUUCAGUAUUUGGGUGCUUGCCCUCCGAUAGCGUGACAAGCUUUGCACAGAUCGACUCACACAUUCAGUCCGCGGAAGGCCUUGACACGUCUGGUCGUGAUGCAGAAGAAGCAGUUGCUGCGGCAAUGGGGACUGACAAGACAGAUGUUGCUAGCAAUAGCGAGGAUCCAGGCUGCAUAUCUUCGGUUAGUGAUCGAGUCAUGUCGCCCCUGAGUAGCUCAAGAGGAGCCGGCAUGCGUGGGCGCAAGUCGGUGUUUAGUGGUGCCUUGAAUGUGAACAUGAAAGAAAGGUCUCAUAUCGCCAAGAAGAAGCACGAAUUGAGCAACGUACAAGGCCAUAUUGUGUACUUUCCUCUCAAAUUUCUCGUGGACGAGCAACUGGAGCCAAAGCUAUUUCCGGCUGAACUUUUUCAGUAG